CCUUCGUUUGCUGUGUGUUCGCCUGCUGUGUGUUCGCCUGCUCUGUGUUCGCCUGUGUUCGCCGCUCUGUGUUCGCCUGAUUUGUCAAGAAUGCGACGUAACCUGUCGCACGCUAUCAACGACAGUCCACCUGCGUGACUUGAGGCCACCGACCUAAUCGGCAUCACAGAGAAUGAUGGUCCCUAUUCUAGACAGUGAACAAGAAUGUGAUGUACAGUCUACAGUGAACACACCUAUCCACUCUGAUCCUUACAGUGCAGAUUCUCUGGACUGUGAUUCCAACAGUAAAUCACCAAGUUACUUCGAUUCUGUUUCAAGUAGCCAAUUAAAUGGACAGAGCAAAGGAGAUUUGAACUCAGCAAAUACAGAUGUUUACAUUUCGGCUAGUUGCAGUUGUACAAACAAAGACAAAGUGAAGCAUUCAAGAUGUGAUUAUCUGAAAUCAUUUUCCCGCCAUCUGCUGGCUUCUCAUCACCCACUUCCAGAGAAAGCCAAUCGCUUCAGGGUAUUGGCACACGGCUUCCUCUGUCCACCUUCUGGCAAAGUUGGAGCAGUCUUGCUGGUCAUUGUGCUCUUCGCAAUGUGGUGGGCUACUCUACUGUCCAUCGCCAAAAUGGAGGUUAUGCCUGGAGGCAGCCUGUUUCCAAUGUUAAUUAUGUUCAUAGCUGCUUGGUGUGCUGGUUACAUAGUGAAACACACAGUACUUCCGCCUCUAGUUGGCAUGCUCGUAGUUGGCGCCAUUCUAGGGAAUGUGGAAGGAAUCAAUGUCGCUAAACAGAUACAAUCAUCUUGGUCGUCAACAGCUAGAUCUAUAGCUUUGAGCGUGAUAUUAACAAGAGCUGGACUUGGACUUGAUCCUGUGGCCUUGAAAAAACUGUCGUGGGUUGUCUUCAGACUUGCCUUUGGGCCCAGUUUACUAGAAUGUAUAACAUGUGGACUGCUGGCCAGAUUUGUACUGGACUUUCCGUGGACAUGGGCGUUCAUGCUUGGAUUUGUAAUGGCGGUGGUAUCCCCUGCCGUAGUUGUUCCCUUGAUGUUAAACUUAUCAGAGCGAGGCUAUGGCCUAAAUAAAGGAAUCCCAACGUUGAUCAUUGCAGCUUGCUCCCUGGACUCUGUUCUAGCUGUCACAGGCUUCGGAGUUCUGUUAGACUUAGCAUUUACUCAAGACAAUUUAGUAUGGGGCAUAAUCAAAGGACCACUGGAGGCUGUCGUUGGAGUGUCUUAUGGUGUUGUUGUUGGACUCUUAUUAUGGUAUAUACCACAGAGACACAGUAAAAAUUUGGUCUUGUUCAGAUCGGCCUUGUUGAUUGGUGCGGCCUUGUUGGCCAUAUUUGGAAGUAAAAUAUUAGACUGGUCAGGAAGCGGCCCACUUGGUUGUAUAACAGUGUCCUUUGUUGCCGCCCAUGGGUGGAGAAAAGAUUAUCAAGAGAAAAAGACCAAAAACCCCGUUGAAGAUGUGGCUGCUGUGUUGUGGAUGUUGUUUAUGCCGCUCCUGUUUAGUUUGAUUGGUGCAGCAGUCGAUUUUUCAUCUUUGGAAAUCGGGAGUGUGGGUAUCGCGAUUGGAAUCUUGUUUGCUGGACUCUUUGUGCGAGUUGUCACGGCCAGCCUCACCACAUGUUACACUGACCUGAAUAAGAAGGAGCGGCUGUUUGUCUCCAUUGCCUGGAUUCCCAAAGCGACUGUUCAGGCAGCCAUUGGUGCAGUCGCUUACGACACUGCCGUGGAGAAGGGAGCCCAGCAGUUCAUUCCCCUUGGGAAAAAGAUAUUGAACCAAGCAGUACUCGCCAUUCUGAUAGCAGCUCCUCUGGGGUCAGCUUUGAUUGCCUUGCUGGGACCAAGACUUCUGCAUAAAACAGAAGAUCUCCAUGGAGACAUACAAAAAGAGUCUCAAGAACAAUCGCAAACAGAAUUAGGUCACGUGAAUGAGGCGUUUGAAGGACAUGAAUCAAUUUACACCCGUCUCUGAGUUCAAACAACAGGCUGUCUACAACACAUACCUUUCUUAUGUAGACUGACCCGAAGUAACUUAAAAGGUCGGCAACCUAUGGUACACGGGCCGAAUCUGGUGCGCCCAGCAGUUAGAUAGUACACUGAAGACUGACUGCAAAAAAGCCAAUGGUAGUAACAGCUUUAAAAAUGUCACCAUACGUAUAAAAAAUAGACUACAUAAAAGUUAGAUGAAAUAUAAAUACAAUAAAUGUCUACUUUAUGUACAAGUAGUUGAUAUAGAAAAAAAGCUUAUAUAAAUUCACUCAGUCUGUCUGGUACAAGGUUUGUACAUGUUAUUUCUCCCACACCCAUUUCGGAUCAAGUUGAAACUUGCACAAGUAUUUUUUGGCAUAGACAAGACAUGGAUCAAGUAAAUAAUUAAUUAAUUAGUCAAUAAAUUAUUGUUAUUUAUUAUUUUGUUUUGGUGUCAAAUAAAGGAAACAACUUCUAUAUUAUUACGAGA